UAAAAGCCAAGGUCCCACACAGCUGAGGCUUAGGGACGUGAAUCACAGCCCAGACAUAGCCAUGUUGUUGCUCAUCAGUUGUUUUGCACUUGUUGCCUCUGCACUGGGAUGCGGAAGGCCUUCAAUCCCUCCCAAAGUCAGCGGAUUCAACAAGAUCGUAAACGGAGAGACGGCUGUGCCUGGCUCCUGGCCUUGGCAGGUCUCACUUCAGGAUGGUAGGGGAUUCCACUUCUGCGGCGGAUCCCUCAUUAACCAGAACUGGGUUGUUACUGCCGCUCACUGCCGUGUGUCUCCCAGAAGCCACCGUGUCAUCCUGGGUGAGCACGACCGUCAAUCUAACUCAGAGCAAAUCCAAGUCAAGACUAUCUCCAGGGCCAUCUCCCAUCCCUACUACAACUCCCAGAACUUCAACAAUGACAUCACCCUUCUGAAGCUGUCCUCCCCAGUGCAAAUCACCAGAACCGUGUCGCCUGUGUGCUUGGCCAGCUCCAGUACCAACAUCCCCUCUGGAACCAGGUGUGCCACCUCUGGAUGGGGCAGGACAGGCCAAACUUCGAGCCCUCGUUACCUCCAGCAGACGUACUUGCCUUUGCUCAGCCCAGCUCAGUGUAAGCAGUACUGGGGUAACUACAGAAUCAGUGAUGCUAUGAUCUGCGCUGGUGCUUCUGGAGUCUCCUCCUGUCAGGGUGACUCUGGUGGCCCCCUGGUGUGCCAGAACGGUGGCGUUUGGUCCCUUGUGGGUAUUGUGUCCUGGGGCACCUCCAACUGCAACGUACGCGCUCCUGCUGUGUAUGCUCGCGUGUCCUACCUGCGUAGCUGGAUCGACAGGACCAUCGCCUCCAAUUAAAAUGCAUCAUAUUACAAUUGGAAGUUUCA